GGUCUCACUGCGCUCCUCUUGGCAUUUAAAGCGUCCUACUUCCACCCGACGCCGACAACAAAAAGCUGUUGGAGCGUCGAUGAGCACCUGUGAACGUUACUGCAGCUUUACAAAGCAAAAGUUGUUCAGCGACGCAGUGGUGUGGACGAGGAGGGAGGCGAAGAGGCUUUGGUGGGGUUGCAUUUCUCGCAAGCGCCGAAACUCCACCAGAUGAAGGCGGCACUCAAAAGUCAAGCCAGAGUCCACGGCUACGUGAUUCCGGUUUACGGUCACAGGGAUUUCUUUCAAAAUAAAACGUGUUUUUAAUAGUCAUAUUUCGGCGAAUACCUGCAUAUACACGGCUUGGUAUAGUAGCCUAGUGUUGCGGUAUCUUGAUUUGAGAUGCGUAGUGACGCCAACUUUGGUUUUACUUUGAAGGCCAAGUCAUGUAACGUCCGGUAUUUUCCAGCAGUUGUAGUCCACCGGUUCCUGUUUCAUUGCAGUUUUUGUACAGGCAGAAAGGGUACACUUGUAUCGUUUCAACAGUAUGAGACAAGCACGUUGUACAUUCUAAUGUAAAUAGUAUGCUUGAAAAAAUAAAAAUGACGUGCUUCAUACGCGCCAUAGCUUCAAGAUGCACUUCUGUGGCCCUUUGGCGCCAUCAUGAGGCCAAAUGGAAGAAGGCUGCGAUCCACGGUGAAAUUACCAUAAAUGUUACCCAACAACUUUGCGCAUUUAUUGUGUAGUCUUGCAACAAAAAUAGAGAGGAACCCAUUCCUGAACCGAAGGGAGUGUUGUAACUGGGAAAACGAGCUACACACAGGCUCGACCAAUCGAUCCGGUUCCCCCCCAAAAAGUCGUCGUCAUGUCUGGCGAAGAGGCUCCGACUCAGCAGCGGCAGCAGCCGCAGCGCCAGCCCACAGCCGGAGAUCCGCAGCGGUGCCCCGGGGAGCUGCCUCUGUCGUGCCGGUCCCUGGUGCUCACGGGCUACGGGGGCUACGACAAAGUCAAGCUGCAGGUGGGGCCGCUCGUCCGGCCGCGGCUGGAGCCUCAUGAGCUUCUGGUGCGGGUCAAGGCGUGCGGGCUCAACUUCGCCGAGCUGAUGGGCAGGCAGGGGCUGUACGAGCCGCUGCCCGCCCCGCCUGUCACCUUGGGCAUGGAGGGCGCCGGGAUCGUCGAAGCGGUCGGAGAAGGGGUGACGGGCCGAAAGGUGGGCGAGCGCGUGAUCGUGAUGAGCCGCAGCGGCGUGUGGCAGGAGACGGUGGCGGUGCCCGCCGCACGCGCCUUCCCCAUGGCCGACUCCAUGAGCUUCGAGGAGGGCGCCGCUCUGCCUAUCAACUAUCUGACGGCGUACUUGAUGCUCUUCCACAUGGCCAACCUCACGCCGGGCAAGAGCGUGCUGGUCCACAUGGCGGCGGGCGGCGUGGGCGUUGCCGCCACCCAGCUGUGUCGGACUGUGCCCGACGUGACCGUCUUCGGCACGGCGUCCCCCUCCAAGCACGACGUCAUCACCCAAGUGGGCGUGACCCACCCCAUCGACUACCGGACCAAAGACUAUGUGGAGGAAAUUCGCAAAAUCAGCCCCAAAGGAGUGGACAUUGUUCUGGAUCCACUCGGUGGUGCCGACACACAGAAGGGCUUCAGCUUGUUAAAACCUUUGGGCUCACUCAUCGUAUUUGGUGCGGCUAACUGCGUGACGGGCCAGAAGAAGAGCCUGCUGGCGCUGAUGAAGACGUGGUACAACCAGCUGUCCAUCAACACGCUGAAGCUGAUGCAGACCAACAAGGCGGUGUGCGGCUUCCACCUGAGCUACAUGGACGACGAGCACAUCGACAUGGGCAUGGCGUCGCUGCUGCGGCUCUACGCGGAGGGCAAGAUCAAGCCUCGCAUCGACUCUCGCUUCCACUUCGAGGAGGUCACAGAUGCGAUGCGGCGCAUGCACGAGCGUCAAAAUAUCGGUAAGGUCAUCCUUCUCCCUGAGCCCAAAAAGCGGGAUGUUGAGAUGAUGACGUCGGCAGAAAAGAAAUGACAUCAUCGAAAGAUUAAGUAAAAUUGGAUUUCCCCUUGUAUGUUUUGCCGACUACUCAAUUAUAACAAUAUCUUUUGACAGUAUUCGCACUUUUUUAAAUGACUUAUCGCACAAUAUUUCUAUAAUUCAGCGACUGUUAGCGGCAUUUGUAUUUUAAUUAAUAAAAAGUAUUAAAUGUGUUAAUUGUAUUGCCGCUAUUCGAGGAAAUAUGAUUGUAAUUUUGAUUUUGAUUUUUAGCAGUAGCGUCCGUGCAAUCAUGACUGAUUUUUUUGUUUUUGUGCCAACUUCUGAGGCUGCACUCUGGACAACAAUAAAAGCAAUUAGGUGCCUAGGGAAUUCCUACUCCUCUCAAAAACAAAAAAAAAACGCACAAAAAAACUAAUAACAUAGCAUCACUGUCCAAUAAAACAUAUGUAUGACUUAUUUAACUGAAGCACACACAAAAAAAGAAUGACAUUUUUUUUAGAAUAAAAGACUCAAAAUUAUGUUAUCUUCGGUAUUUUCUCUGUAUUAUUUUAAGAUCAACCAGGAU